CACAUCGCAGACAUUCCAGUAAGCCAAAAAGUAACGGUGCCUUUCCCGCUCCAACUAAAAUCGAAAUGUCAUUGCAACCUUUGUGGUCUUGUGUCCUUUUUCCUGUUUUUUUCUGCGUUUUGUGUUUAUAAUAUGAGUAUCGAGGACGAGAGCUUUCCCUCAGACGAGCUCUUUGACCAGCUAAACAAUUUGAGUAGUUUGGGCACUAGGAACACUUGGUUUUCGGAGCACCAUCAGCCGGCCGCCUUCGAGCGGAAUCCGGCGCCAUUUUUGGAUAUCUGCUACACGGAUGCGGAUGGCGAUGUGGAUGUGGCCAACAAGAGCGACAAAACGUGUGUAAGUGAUCCUGUGGGUCGCGAUCAGGAGGAUGAGUUGGAUGAUCCCGAUGAAGUUGAUGGCUGCCAUGGGGUCGGGGAAAAAGCUCCAUUGGGCAGCGCACGAAGCAGCAAGGCGGUGUCCUACCAGGACAUCCACUCGGCGUACACGAAACGCCGUUACAAGCACGUGAAAAGCAAGGUGCGCCAGUACAUAGCGGAUAUUGAUGCCCAGGAUCAAAAGAGGCGAAAUGCGUCGGCUUCCGGAUUCCAGAGGCAUAGUUCCAUGCCGGAAUACCUGACGCCCAAUUCCCGGCGGGUCGAUGCCGGUGAACGUUUUAAACUGGAUAACUCCCACUACAACUACAACUGUAACUCCAACUCCAAUUCGAAUUACAAUUCGAACUCCACAUCCAGCUGCAGUUAUGAGAGAUUGCUGGCCGAGGUCGAGGUGCUGCAGCAGGAGAAGGAGAGCCUGCAGCAGGACAAGGAGACCCUUCAGACGUACAAGGACCAGUUGCAAUUCCGCCUAGACGAGAAGAUAGGGGAAAUGCUUAGUAUGAAGUUUAACUAUGAUGCACUGCGGUCGGAGCUUAGCGACUGUCAGCAGAAACUAAGGCGGCACCAGAGUCACUCGCUAAGGUCCUUGAACUUCUGGCCGCCGGCGGGCAUUGACCAGGCCACCCAAACAGAUCCCUUCUCCGCCGUAAAUACAGUGGCCACUCCUGGCGAUCUGACUUACAACAGCAGCGAUGGCUCCAUCGAGAUGGUUCUGCUUAGUGCAGCGCCCACCGUUCGAAUCCCUCAAAAUCCCGGCCAGUCCAAGUUGGCAAUUCCACCUAAGUCCUUGGACUUCAGCAACGACAGCACUGAAGCAGAUGCCAGUGGAAACGGGGACACUCGUGGAGGCUCCUCGUCACUGGCACUGGUCAGAAGAGAUCCGGCGCCGAAUAGCUCCGAAACAAGUCAGCCGAGCAGCAACGACUCGGCCAUCGAAUGCGAGGGUCAUGAGGAGGAGAGGCCCUCGUCCAGGCAGUGGGUGCACCGCGAGGGCAUCUACUACUUUGACAAGCGUCACAACCGGGUCAUCGAGGUGCUGGGCAUCAACCUUAGCCAGGAUACGAGUCAAAACCAGAGCAUCAACGACAGCCAGGCGCACCUGCUCAUCCAAUCGAUGACGCAGUCGCAAAUCCAAGCCCAAGUCCAUGGCAGAACAAGAAGGACCACCCUCGGCAGUCGGAUGCUCCGCCUUCUGGGGCCCUGCGUUCGCUGCAAAAAUGGCGAUCAACUAAACGCCAGCACUUCCACAUUCACAGUGGGACUGCCGCUAACCCAGAUGGGGGAGUUCAUUGAUCCGAGGAACCAGCGAUAGUUCGCCAUACUUUAUUUAUUUAUUUUUUUGUAUUUUCAUUUUCUUGUUAUUUUAUGUAGUGAGCAGUUUUAUUGCCCCGGUAUUCAGUUAACCAACAGUAUGUGCAUGUGUAACCUAAUAAAUAUUUUUAAAACUGCUAAUUUUAAUACUUUUAGUUAUCCGAAAUGGCUCGAUUUGCCUCCAAAAUAAGUAACUUUCAAAUUGUGUUGUAUGAGAAAUGUUAAAUUUAUUUUAUUCCGAGUAUACUUGCUUAUUUUAACAAUAAAUUUGCACAUUUCCAGUUA